AAUUACAAACUGGUUAACAGCCGCUGCCAACGGAGUGGAGAAGCUUCCGAUCGCCCAGUUGGGUUUAUAAAAUGGGUCGCCACUUGGCUCAGAUCAGCAGUUUGGUUCACAUCUCCAAGCGUUCAGCAUGAAGUCGGUUAUUAUUCUCUUAGCUCUGGUGGCUUUCUGCCACGCAGCACCUUUGGAUGUUAAGGAGUCUACCUCUGGGGAGCUCUCCAGGCCCAGUCCCAUCAGUCCCGAUGUGCUCGUUGAUCCCAAGCCCACCGAAAAGGUAGUCUUGCUGAAGGAUGCUCCCGUCCUGAAUCGCCAGAGGCGUAAUGAACCCAAGAAACCCGACAGCGUGAAGGCCCACGAACAGCUGCAUCACUCACAGCCGGACGUUCCUGAACAUCAUGAGCAAAAGCCAUCACCGGUUGGGCCACAUGACCACAAGCACAAGAGGGAAGCUCACCACGAGGAGGGUCACCAUGGUGACGAUGCGGUGCCCCAGAAGGAGGAAGUGAAGCAGGCCCCCGAAGCACAUGAAGCCAAAAAGGAAAAGCGAGAGGCUCACCACGAGGAGGGCCACCAUGGUGACGAUGCAGCUCCCCAUAAGGAGGAAGUGAAGCAGGCUCCCGAAGCACAUGAAGACAAGAAGGAAAAGAGGGAAGUUCACCACGAGGAGGGCCACAAGGCUGAGGCGGGUGAUCGUCCUCAGGUGGAGGAUCUUUCGCUGCCCCAUGCCCUGCCCGCUGUGGCUCACACCGCCGAGCUGCCCAAGAAGCAGGAAAAGCGCGAGACUGUGGAGAAACCCGACAGCGUGAAGGCCCAUGAGUCGCUCCAGCACAAUCCCCAGCGAUCCGAGGAGCUCCACAAGGCCAUCGAAUCUCUGGCCGGCGGAAAGGCGCCGGAACAGCGUCACCAGCGCGAUAUUCCUGUGCCCACGCAAACCAAAGCCACCACCACCGAUCUCCCAUCCACCACCAAGUCGGAGCUGGGAAGCACCACUCCGUCCAUCCACAAUCUCCACAUCCCCCAUCCCAUUCCCGUGGCCGAGCUCUUCGAGAAGAACAAGCACGCGGAUAAGUCCACUUCCAGUUCCGAGGAAAGCAAGGAGAAAGCUAAGGCCUAGGCUUCCCAUGUCAAAAGGCGCUAAUGCGACCAUCACGAGAUUUGUAGUCAGCGAAACGAACUAAAAUAAACACAAAUAUUUACAUGCUUAUAUAAAAA